AUGCCGCCUCCAGAGAGAGUCAGCGGACACACGAACAACGUGCUCGACAAUGCUUAUCUCCGUAAGGACUCAUAUACUGCGUUUCAAUUAUACCACGCCACGCCACAAUGCAUUUACCGCGACACCCGUUGUGUGCUUAUAGGGCGGAUUCCGUCGGCGUUCAUGAAAGAGCAUAAAAUUACAAGAGCGCUCUACAAAUUUGCUGAGAAGUUCACGAAAGAGUCUGUUACGGGCGAGGUGGACCUUGUCAAUCACUUUGAAAUGGACGUGGUUGAGACUAUCGCCCAUGGAGAUCUCAAACAUUUGGAGCAGGACCAGCGGAAGCGCUCCGAGAGCCAAUCCGGUCAUAUCAGGGAGAAAUAUUUCCACUCACAUCAUCAGCAUAGCCGCAGGAAAAGAUCCAAGUCGUUCGCCGAGCGCAACAUCGCCGCAGAGGUUAAUGUUGAUCCGGUGCCUCUGGAUCCUAGUUCUGAUCCCGCUGCAUCCAAGCCCGCACAAAAGCGCAGCAGCUCGUUCACCCAUACGUUUUCAAGCUACCUCAACAGACAGGCCCCGAGUCUUGACUUUUUGUCGAGUCAAACGUCUGCUAGCACUCCGCCCACUCCGUUGCUGUCGCCUGCGAGCUCCCUUAUUUCUCCGCGCAUGAGUGUGGGUAGUGAAGUGGCUGCUCCGAAACAACCUGUAGCCGCCCUGGCUGAGCAAACCAGCCAAAGUGAUGCAUCGACGACUGACACAUUCCACACGCCCGCAUCAAGUUUGGCGUCUGAUGUUCAAGAAACUCCAGUCCGGUUGACAACCAGUUUGCGUGGUUCUGAACUUACAACCGUUCAGGCAGCUCUUAGUCUUGCACACACCACAUCUGCAUCGCCUCGGACCAGCACCCCAGCAUUUAAAGACGAUCUUGAACGUAACAUGAGUCCAGAAAGCGAACAUGAGAACCCGACUGUUUCAAGUACGGAGCUGGACCAAUUGCGACCGAAAUUUCGUCCCGACACUGCUCCUUCCCGCGACCACCACCACCAUAACAACGGGUCCCGUCCUCCGCUCACACGGGCUGUAACCACCAUCCCAGCCCGUAAACAAGUUGACGAUGACUUUCCCAAAGCACUCGAAAAGGUGCGUACUGAAACCCUCUCAGCUAGGCAAUCAUUAGAGGAGCCAAAGUCAUUCAUACUCGAUGCUCCCGAGCCUGAAGAAGAAGACAACGAUAACGUCCAAGAACUAGUUGCCCCUUUACUUCAGAUGAAAAACGCCGACUUUCGUACCGGACACCAUAGUCACAUGCGCGGGUUUGACCAUAUUCUUCACAAGAGGCGAGGUGAAGUGCUUUUUGUUCGCCGGUUUCUUGUUCAAGCUCGUGAAGUCCGCAAGCCCUUGGCAGAGAAUGCACCCUUGAAUGAGUUCACCUCGCAGUCUGUGUUGAUUGACCGCUGGAAAGAGUAUACUGUUGUUGCAAGACACACUGGCGAUGAAGAAGCUCCAGUUGCAUUGUAUUUCUACAAAGGGCUCGAGGUUGAUAAAGUUGAGCGUCGCAUGGAACACUUAUGGUCGCGCAGCUUUCGCUUUAAAGUUACCCUAACUCAAGACUGGAAGGCCAGCAUUUAUUCACCUGUCGAUCUCGCAGUUGCACUAUGGCGUACUGAAGUUGUCGAAGUUAAAGAAAAGAAAGCUUUCGUAGACCCCGGCGUGUUUUACAACACCCAACAAAAGGGUGCUCGCCGUCCUGUCACGCACAUUUACAUUUUUAAGGCCCAGAAUGGUUCUGCAGUUUCUUCUUUGCUUGUUUUUCUCUAUUUGGUUUUACGAUAUGAUCUGAAUACUCGUCCACUAAAAGUCCAUGUGAGUGAUUUUGACUUGCUAAUUGAGAUUCCUCCGUCUCUUAUAACAGAAGCGGCGAAAUCCGUCUUGAGCAAAAAGAAGGUCGAAAUUGUGAGUUAUCGUGAAGUCCUCUGCGCAACAUCAAGCCCGGCGAUAGUCAUUUCCAGCAUUCUAAGGUACGUUCAUGAUGUACUAGUUCGUCUUGGGAUGUUCAAAAUCACUACAGAACUGCCAGCAAAGGUAGCAGUGGCAUGGAGGCGGUUCGAUCGUUUACUCUGGGUCAAUGACAAGUCAGACAUCGAUCUGUUACAAUCUUGGGCUAUGAGACCAGUUUUCGAUCUUGAGUUUCUUAGUGAGUACCCCGAAAGUCGCCCCCUAGAAGUUAAUCUAGGUGAAGAAGAUGGUGAAAGGGUUUUAUUCGAGCCUGCACCGGUUGAAGGGUUCUGCACACGCCAUUGCCAAUGGUCUGGUCGUAAACGUCGCCAGCAGCUGGCGAACGUGACGUACUUGCAUUCACACGGACAUCUCCUAGCAUUCUCAUCUCCUUCUUUUGCCCGUCCUCCAGUUCCAAUGAUCAACGGUAAAGUCGCGGAGCCUUCUCAAGAAAUCUUCGAUAACCUACCCCUGAUCUGGGAAAAUGCUCCAUACGCUUUGGAUGUGAGUGGAAACAUCGACUGGAUUCUCAAGUGCCAAAGUCUCAAGGAAUUUGAUGCACAUGAUGCUUAUGCUCGAUUUGAGCGCAGGCGACGUGCCACCCUGUUGGUUGAAGCAGACGGCCUGUUAGAUAUGACCACGAUAGAAGCUAUUGUUGCGCACCAGAAAUCUGAAACAGGAUUUUCAAUUGUUUUCAUCAGUGGAAAAUCAGUUGAUUUCACGGUUGGAAAUUUAGAAGUCAGAGAUACCUGGGUGAAACAACUAAAUGAACUCAUCACCUACUGGAAGUUGAGAAAGGAAUCUGAUUCCCUUCGCCAACGAGCAUAUUAUCGAUAUAACAUGGCUCGUUUGGCUACAGAACAGGAUGAGGGCAUGGUAAGAUACGAAGACAAGUCCCAACUCGAUGCGGCAAUGGCCGACGCAUUCACAUUUUCCUCCUCACAGCUUAUCCGGAAUAGAAGUGUGAUACAUUGCGACCAUUUGUAUAUGAAGAACCACAAGUACACUUCCUUCCGCAAGUAUUUGGCUGUUUUGACGAUUACGCAUUUGAUCCUGUUUGAGGUAAAGCUCGACCGCACACAACGCUUCUCGUCUAAGCAACAAAUUUACUAUCGUUUCAACCGGUCCAUUCCUAUGAAAAACGCAUACUUUUACACAGGCGUACUUGCUCGAGACCACCUGAUGGAUCGAGACCGUUACUUUGACCAGACAAACCCUGGUGUUAAAGCGUUGCCUAGAGCAUUCCCCAACGGUUGGACUUCUCAGGACACAGAGAUUGACCGCUGUUUGGUUAUAUGGUCCUCUUCAGUGCGCAUAAGCACUGCGGAUAACGAACACAGACGGGCCGCCGUAUUUUUAGCCGACUCACGAUACCGACGUGACCGCUGGGCUACGGCCAUUCACCACGUGCUUGGCAAUGCGCCAACACCUGAAAUCGUAGUUAAAGACACAUAA